GGUAGGAUCUCUUUUUGUCCUUUUUUAUUUUUUUUGACAGGAUGAGUCGCUCUACUUCAUUUAUUACAGCCAACAUACACACAUAUAUACAUAUAUAUUAAUGUUAAUAUAUGCAUGGCCUAUGGGUUUGGUUUGAGUAUAAAUAAAUGAUAAGAAGUUUAAGCCGAAGCAACCAUGUUUCUGAGAAUCUCUGUGCAUGAUUAGCUUAUGGGUUCGAUGCGAGGAUCGCGAUCCAGCUGGGUCCUCCUUAUCGGAGUCCAAACUAACUCUUGUCUGGUAAGAAAGAGAGAGGGAGAGAGAGAAUGAGAAGGCCAUGUUGUGCUAAAGAAGGGCUGAAUAGAGGAGCAUGGUCUGCUGAGGAAGACGAGAUCCUCACCUACUACAUCAAAUCGCAUGGUGAAGGCCAAUGGAGAGACCUUCCACAACGAGCCGGGUUGAAGCGUUGUGGGAAGAAUUGCAGGUUUCGAUGGAAUUAUCUGAGUCCGAACAUCAAAAGGGGGAACAUCUCCGAAGAAGAAGAAAAACUCAUACUUAGAAUGCAUAAGCUCCUUGGCAACAGGUGGGCUCUCAUUGCUGCAAGAUUGCCAGGGCGAACAGACAACGAGAUCAAGAAUUACUGGAACACGAAUUUAAGAAAAAGGGUGGGGACAGAGAGAGAGACAGAAGUUCGGAAUGCGAACAGAUAA